CCGCUCCCUCCCUCUCAUUCCCAACAGCUUGCAGCCUCGUUUGCCUCUCUGCAGCUUCGCUCGCUCCAGAGCUUUAGGAGGGAGGGUGAAGAGGCCGCCAUGUUGGAUCCGGUGACUUCAGUGGUAGCAGCCGGAGCUUAUGCAUGAGGCUGUGUGGAGUCAAGGAGGGCGGACGGUGAAAGAAGAGGAGGAAAACAACCGCGACGAGGAAGAGGAAACGGAGGAAGGAGUCGGGUGGGAUUACAGGCUAUCAGUGUUCGCCACUCGAAGAAGAUGCCCUAAGCAUGGUGGACCGAAAGACGGGCAGCAUCUUUUCAUCUCUUGCACUAGAAAACACCAGCAGCAGCAGAGCAUCCUUUGGAGGAACCGCGCAAGCGGAGUGGGAGAUGUGUGUGGAUUGAAAAAGGCAAGAUCCUGUCGCCCUGUCAAGAGAAACAAGGAGCUAGAGGACGUGCAGCGAUAUGGAGAGGAUUUCCUAGGAUUAUUACCAGCCCAGCCUACCCUUCUUCCCUUGACUGGAUGUGCUGAUACCGUAUUUAAGGCAGGACAAUUAUUACUUUCCCCAAUAUUUAAAGAGGGGUGUGACUUUCCCCCUCCACAUGCUCCCCCUCCCCAGUAUAUUGGGGAGGGAGGUUGAGGAAAUUCGGACUAGACAUUAUUUUUUGGCAUGGUGAAGAGCCUUAAAGGAAGAGUGGCACUGAUUGCCCUAAGGAAGGAUUCUGUUUCUGAAGACUUUUCUUCCUUUUCCUCUCUUCUUCCCAUUCCCCACUUUCUGAAGAGUUGCCACUAAUGCAUUUUCUAAGAGGUGGUGGAGGUGGAGGUGGAGGUGGUGGAGAAGGUGAAGAAGAAGGUGGUGGAGGUGGUGGAUAUUCUCCAGCACUAGAUCUUCAGAAUCCUGUGCUUUUGAUUUUUUGCCCUCCCACCUUCAAAUAGCUUUCUUCCUGCUGCUCUUUCCUUGAAAGUGAAUUGUUGUUGCAAAUGGAAUGGGGACUUUACACUUUAAUGAUGCAGAAGGAUUCAUUUCGGGAUUGGAUUUCAUGAUCUGAAUUUCGAAUGAAGGAGAAGACCUUUAAAAAUCUAUAUGGAUGACAGAAGAGUGGAGUCAGUCUUGGGAUUAAAUUUUAAUUAUUAUUAUUAUUAUUAUUUAAAUGUAUAAAGUAUAUAUUUUCUCUUUUAAAUGUUAUUAAAAGAGAUUUUAGGGUAAUUAUUUUUCUGUAAUACUCUGUAUAUAUUGUAGAUGUAUGUGUGGAAAGACUGACCAAAUUACAGUUCUCAGAAUGGCAGUUCUGAGAUGGAUUAUACGUUCAGCACCAUCUUUAAAGCACUGACUUUUCAAAAUUCUUUUUAUGAACUGUAAUAUAUUUUAAUGUGCUAGAUUUGUCAAAGAUAGCACAGAAUAAUAAAGAAGGAAAGUCUGUUAAAAACUGAAGCAGCCAUGUCUGGAGAAGUGCGCUUGAGACAGUUGGAACAGUUUAUUUUGGAUGGGCCAACUCAGACCAAUGGGCAAUGCUUUAGUGUGGAAACCUUGUUGGAUAUACUCAUCUGCCUUUAUGAUGAAUGUAAUAAUUCACCCUUGAGAAGAGAGAAGAAUAUUCUGGAGUUUCUAGAAUGGGGUAAGCCUUUCACAUCUAAGGUGAAGCAGAUGCGAUUGCAUAAAGAUGACUUUGAAAUAUUGAAGGUGAUUGGCCGAGGUGCCUUUGGGGAGGUUGCUGUUGUGAAAUUAAGAAAUGCAGAUAAAGUAUUUGCCAUGAAAAUAUUAAAUAAAUGGGAAAUGCUGAAAAGAGCGGAGACAGCUUGUUUUCGAGAAGAGAGAGAUGUUUUGGUGAAUGGGGAUAACCAGUGGAUUACAACAUUGCACUAUGCCUUCCAGGAUGAAAAUUAUUUAUACCUCGUUAUGGAUUAUUAUGUUGGUGGAGAUCUGCUCACCUUGCUCAGUAAGUUUGAGGAUCGGUUACCUGAAGAAAUGGCUCGCUUUUAUUUAGCUGAAAUGGUGGUAGCAAUUGAUUCUGUACAUCAACUACAUUAUGUCCACAGGGAUAUCAAACCAGACAAUAUCCUGAUGGAUGUGAAUGGACAUAUUCGGUUAGCGGAUUUUGGUUCUUGUCUGAAGCUGAUGGAAGAUGGAACGGUUCAGUCUUCAGUGGCAGUUGGAACACCAGAUUAUAUAUCUCCAGAAAUUCUGCAAGCCAUGGAAGAUGGGAAAGGAAAAUAUGGUCCCGAAUGUGAUUGGUGGUCCCUUGGAGUUUGCAUGUAUGAAAUGCUUUAUGGAGAAACACCUUUUUAUGCUGAAUCUCUGGUGGAGACAUAUGGAAAGAUAAUGAACCACAAAGAAAGAUUUCAGUUUCCUGCCCAAAUGACAGACGUGUCUGAAAAUGCCAAGGACCUAAUUCGAAGGCUUAUCUGCAGCAGAGAACAUAGACUUGGGCAGAAUGGAAUAGAAGACUUUAAAAGCCACCCAUUUUUUUCAGGGAUUGACUGGGAUAACAUUCAGAACUGUGAAGCACCUUAUAUUCCUGAAGUCAGCAGUCCAACAGAUACUUCAAAUUUUGAUGUAGAUGAUGACUGUUUAAAAAAUUCUGAGACAAUGCCGCCGCCAACACAUACUGCAUUUUCUGGCCAUCACCUGCCAUUUAUAGGAUUCACAUAUACAAGUAGCUGUGUCCUUUCGGAUCGUAGUACUCUAAGAUUUGCAGCUGGGCAACGUGUAAUGGAACUUGAUGCCAAUGUUCAAAGAACGCUAGAAGAUACCUUAGCUACAGAAGCAUAUGAGAGACGAAUAAGACGUUUAGAGCAAGAAAAACUGGAACUUAGCAGAAAACUUCAAGAGUCCACACAAACAAUCCAGGCCCUACAUUAUUCAACCGUAGAUGGUCCAUUAACAGCAAGCAAAGAUUUAGAAAUUAAAAGCCUGAAGGAUGAAAUUGAAACAUUGAGAAAACAAGUAACUGAUUCUGGGCAAUUAGAGCAGCAACUUGAAGAAGCCAGUUCUGCACAAAGAGAUUUAGAAGAUGCUACCAGACACAUCAAAACUUAUGAGAAGCAAAUAAAAGCACUAAAGCAAGAGCGGGAUGAUCUUAAUAAGGAACUGCUUGACUCCAAUGAGAGGUUAAAGGCACAAACCAAAGAACUGAAAGAUGCACAUAGCCAACGGAAACUGGCCAUGCAGGAAUUCUCUGAAAUGAAUGAGCGACUUACGGAAUUGCAUUCACAAAAACAGAAGCUUACCCGCCAAGUUAGAGAUAAAGAAGAAGAGAUGGAAGUGGUAAUGCAAAAGGCAGAAAGCUUGAGGCAAGAAUUACGUAGAACAGACAGAAUAAAGAAAGAACUGGAAGUUCAUGCUGAAGCUGCAGCUGCUGAGGCAUCCAAGGACAGAAAGCUGCGUGAGAGAAGUGAGCAAUAUUCUAAGCAGCUGGAAAAUGAAUUAGAAGGACUAAAGCAGAAGCAAAUUGGUUGGUCUCCAGGGGUGAGCAGCACAGAACAUCAGCAGGAAAUAACAAAAUUAAAAGCUGACUUGGAAAAGAAAAUUGUUUUUUAUGAAGAAGAACUGUCUAAACGAGAAGUAAUACAUUCUAAUGAAUUAAAAAAUCUGAAGAAGGAAUUCCGUGAUGCAGAGGUCCAACAACUUGCUCUCAAAAAAGAAAUUAUGAUAUUGAAAGACAAAUUAGAAAAGACAAGGAGAGAAAGCCAAAAUGAAAGGGAGGAGUUUGAAACAGAAUUCAAACAUAAAUAUGAACGGGAGAAGAUUCUGCUGACUGAAGAGAACAAGAAGCUUUCCAAUGAGCUUGACAAGCUUACAGCAAUGUAUGAAAGACUAAGUAUAAGUAACCGACAACUUGAAGAAGAGAUGAGAGAUCUUGCUGACAAAAAAGAAUCUGUAGCACACUGGGAAGCCCAAAUUACUGAGAUCAUUCAGUGGGUGAGUGAUGAAAAAGAUGCUCGAGGUUAUCUUCAAGCAUUAGCUUCCAAAAUGACCGAAGAACUAGAAGCAUUGAAGAGCUCCAGCUUGGGUGCAAGGGCAACAGACAUGCCUUGGAAGAUGCGUCGCUUUGCGAAACUAGAUAUGUCUGCAAGGUUAGAGCUACAGUCAGCCCUUGAUGCAGAAAUACGAGCCAAGCAAGCCAUUCAGGAAGAGUUAAAUAAAGUUAAAGCUUGUAACAUUGCAACAGAAUGCAAAUUGCAGGAAUCUGAAAAGAAGAACUCCGAGCUGUUAUCAGAAAUAGACAGAUUGAAAAAAGAGGCAGAAGAACUUCAGUCAGAAAAGGGAGUGAAGCAUCAAGACUCACAAAAUUCUUUCUUGGCAUUUUUGAAUGCACCUACCUCUGCUCUGGAUCAGUUUGAAAUUGAUUCUGUUGAAAAUUUUACCUUAUCUAAUACGCCUUCGCGGGAUGAAGAUAUCAAGUAUCAUCUUCAUUCAGGAUCUAGGUCCCCUUCCACAGCUAGUGACAUUGAACCAAUUGAGGUUUCAGAUCAUCCUCUGCGUCCAGUUCACACACCAACCAUGAGAUCACCAUAUAGUGGUUCAGGACUCUCUGUGCCAAAGCCUAAGGCCCAUCAGUUUGUAGUAAAAUCCUUUAAUACCCCUACCAAAUGCAAUCAGUGCACAUCAUUGAUGGUUGGGUUAAUAAGACAGGGCUGUACCUGUGAAGUCUGUGGAUUUUCAUGCCAUGUGACCUGUGCAGACAAAGCACCAGCAGUAUGUCCCAUCCCACCUGAACAGACAAAAGGUCCUCUAGGGAUUGAUCCACAGAAAGGAAUAGGAACUGCUUAUGAAGGGCAUGUCCGAAUCCCUAAGCCAGCUGGAGUGAAGAAAGGCUGGCAGAGAGCCCUGGCUAUUGUUUGUGACUUCAAGCUCUUCCUUUAUGAUAUAGCAGAAGGAAAAGCAUCCCAACCCAGUGUGGUAGUUAGUCAGGUUCUUGAUAUGAGGGAUGAAGAAUUCUCGGUGUGUUCUGUUCUGGCUUCUGAUGUCAUUCAUGCAAGCCGAAAAGAUAUUCCCUGUAUUUUUAGGGUUUCAGCUUCUCAGCUAUUAGCAUCAAGUAAUAAAUGUUCAGUCCUGAUCCUAGCUGACAGUGAAAAUGAAAAGAGUAAAUGGGUAGGAGUCUUAAAUGAAUUACAUAGGAUCUUAAAGAAGAACAAGCUCAAAGAUCGCUCAGUCUACGCUCCCAAAGAAGCAUAUGAUAGUACCUUACCCCUUAUUAAAACUAGCCAAGCAGCAGCAAUUAUAGAUCAUGAACGAAUAGCUUUGGGCAAUGAAGAAGGGUUAUUCGUUGUUCAUGUUACAAAGGAUGAGAUAAUUCGUGUUGGUGACAAUAAGAAAGUUCAUCAGAUUGAGCUCAUCCCAAAUGAACAACUUAUUGCAGUGAUUUCGGGACGAAACCGUCAUGUACGACUAUUUCCUAUGACAGCUCUGGAUGGUCGAGAAAUUGAUUUUUAUAAACUGGCAGAAACUAAAGGUUGCCAGACCAUCGUUUCUGGACAAGUGCGCCAUGGAGCCCUUACUUGCCUGUGUGUAGCAAUGAAAAGACAGGUCCUGUGUUACGAGUUAAAUCAUAGCAAAACACGCCAUAAAAAAAUAAAAGAAAUCCAAGUGGCUGGGAAUGUCCAGUGGAUGGCUAUCUUUAGUGAACGGCUUUGUGUUGGCUACCAGUCAGGAUACUUAAAGUACUCUUUGUAUGGAGAAGGAAAUCCACAUAGUUUGCUUCAUCCAGAUGACCACACACUGUCGUUCAUUACACAGCAGCCAACUGAUGCCAUCUGUGCUGUUGAAAUCUCAAAUAAAGAAUACCUGCUGUGUUUUAGCAGUGUAGGGAUUUAUGUGGACUGUCAGGGUCGAAGAUCUAGACAACAAGAACUAAUGUGGCCUGCAACUCCUUCUUCUUCCUGUUACAAUGCACCAUACCUCUCAGUUUAUAGUGAAAAUGCAGUUGAUAUAUUUGAUGUGAACUCAAUGGAGUGGAUUCAGACCAUCCCCCUCAAGAAGGUACGUCCUUUGAACACAGAAGGGUCGCUAAAUGUCCUAGGACUAGAAACUGUUAGAUUAAUCUAUUUCAAAAAUAAGAUGGCAGAGGGUGAUGAGCUGGUGGUUCCUGAAACAUCAGAUAACAGUCGAAAGCAAAUGGUCCGAAAUAUUAAUAAUAAACGGCGCUACUCAUUCCGAGUGCCUGAGGAAGAGAGAAUGCAGCAGAGAAGAGAGAUGCUGCGAGAUCCAGAAAUGAGAAAUAAAUUAAUUUCUCACCCAACUAACUUUAACCAUAUAGCACACAUGGGCCCAGGAGAUGGUAUACAGAUCCUCAAAGACUUGCCCAUGAACCUUCGGCCUCAAGAAAGUCGGGCAAUGUUUAGUGGUUCAGUCAGCAUCCCUUCAAUCACAAAAACCCGGCCCGAGCCUGGACGCUCCAUGAGUGCUAGUAGUGGUUUGGCAGCAAGAACAUCUGCACAAAAUGGUAGUGCUUUGCGGAGAGAAUUCUCAGGAGGUAGCUACGGAGCAAAGCGUCAGCCAAUGGCAUCCCCUUCAGAUGGCUCUUUGUCUUCUGGCGGCUUGGACCAAGGCAGUGAUGCACCAGUGAGGGAAUACGAGAGAGAGGACUCUGACUCUCCAAGGCAUUCUACAGCUUCCAACAGUUCCAACCUGAGCAGCCCUCCCAGUCCCAUUUCUCCUCACAAGACCAAGAGCCUCUCCCUGGAGAGCUCGGACCACGUGAGUUGGGACUCAUGAACUGCUUCGGCACUCAAAUAUGACAUCUCAGCAGCUUUUGGUCCCCAUGAUUCUCCAUUUGCUCUCAUUCUCAUCUCCUCUCAGCUUCCCUACAAGAAUCAAACUGUGGGUGGGAGGGGGAGGAAGAGAAUGUAUGUGCCAUAAUUGGCACCAGUAGCGCAAUUCUCUUCCCCUCCUAAUAGUAGCCAGCAAACAAAAGAAAACCUUGGUGGAGGGCAGCACGGAGUUAUUGUUAUAUGAGAAAUAUUGGUAUAUUUCUAUUAUUAUCAAUUUUAUUUCAUAGGAUUAUGAAAUUCCAUUGUAUGGCAUAUUAUGCAAUACACCACACUCCAAACAAAACAUGGUAGUGUAGGCUGAUAUACACAAUAUGUAACAGGAAACCAGAUAGAUUUGCUUUGGUACAAGUAGACCCAUAUUAUAUUUUUUCAGGAAUAAAUACAGCAACAUCCUCCAUGUUCGAUAGGGUGAAAUUUGCCCUGCUAAGGAAGAUACACAUGCUUUCAGACACUCUGAAUGUCAGUCUGAUUGCUACCAGUAAAUCUUAUUGAUUUUGGGGGGGAAAUGAUGCAUAUUUUACUAUAAUAGAGUUUAAGUAAAUACACAAAAUUAAGAGUUAGUACAUAUGUAUAUAAUUAAAGAAGAAGCAGCAUUGUAAUGCAGCAGAAGAUGGAUUCCUAUUUAAGAGAUCCUUUAAUUUAAAAUUUGUGGUGUUCCUUUUUUCAUACUAAAUAAACUAUGGAUUGAGGGUGUGAUCUGAAUUUAGAACAUGGCACUGGAUAAAAAUCAUACAGCCUAGAUGAAGACUCCAUCCUCACAAUUUUUGGCCUGUGACAUUUCCUCCUUAUCAAUAGAAAAACGAAAGCCAUAAGCACCAUUUUAAAUUAUCUCUUCCUGUUUUCCACCUGUUCUUUAUUUUACAAGCAAAGCCUAUUGUUUACUAGUACACGGAUGAAAGUAAACUGAAGGGUGUCCAAACAAUUAUAGAAUCUCCUCAGCUGAAGUAAAUGCAAAUAGAAAUGAAUGAGCUUUUGGAAGAUUAGGGCUAGGCUUUCAAACACAUUUUGCCUUUUAAUCACAACAAGCUCUUAAGUAACUUUCUUAGUUAACUAACUACAUUCACUGGAUACGAGGAUCAUUCAGUCCAAAAUAGAAGUUUGUAGUUUGUUCUUGAUCACUGAAAGUUAACAUGCCGCUUGUAGAGUUGUACUUUGCUAAAUUAUUCAAGACGUCUGAAGAUUUUCAUUGCUGUCAUCUGUUCACCCAUUCUGGUCCAGAAUGCCCAUUGUCUUUGAUGUAGAAUUCUGGUGGUUGAACCUAAUAGAGAAAGCUUAAUCAGUGCACAGCAUUUCUGUCUGAAUAGUCGAGAUCCAUCGUCGCCUAGAAAAGCAGGGGCAAAAACAACAUGCAGAUGGAGGGGAAAGGCAACCCCUUUUUUCUUCCUGUUAUUGAAUAAAAUGAGUACAGUUUGCAUUUUCACAAUAGAUGAAUGUGAUUUUUCUUCUUAGAAUCAUUGCUUCUUUAGGCUAGACGUGGAUAAAGUAUUCAGGUGGUGUUUUUUUACAAAGAUAAUAGUUUCUACAAGUUUUGUAAUAUAUCAUGGGUAUUGUCAAACAAUUACAGUUAACAUCAGUGGAAAAACAACUAAUCUGUAACAGUUUCCUAGGUCACCUGAAAAAUCAUCAGCUACAAUCACAACAAAUUCUGAUUAAGUACUGGAAGAUAGAGAUCAUUGUCUCUAAUCAUCUAGGUGUAUUCAGUCUGUUAUUUCUGUGUCUUUGUUUGCAUUUAGCUCUCUUAUGUUGGGGAAUAAUUGGGAGUAGGAAGCAAACUUAAAACUUUGCUCUUAAGCGUGGUAUCUUAAACCUGUCUGUUGAAUUGACUUUAUUAAGAAUAUCAGAAUUGUGUGUUUUGUCAUAAGUAAGAAACAAAAGAUUUUAAUUUCAGAGCUACCACUUAAACAUAUACUAAAGGAAUUUCCUGCAAGUCUUUUCCGAGGAAUUGAGUCACAGCAACAACAACAGCACAUCAAAUUUAUUAGCUCUCAUCUCCUUUGACAGUCACUAUUCCAAGAUCCUGUUUCAACCCCUUCAGUUUUUCCUACAGUGGUGCUCAUGUCAUUGUCAUUGCUCCAUACCAUGGCAAAAAGGUUAGCAUUCCCUCCCCCUCCUAUUGGCUGGUGUUUUUGUAAAGGCUUCUGGUUCUAGCUUUAAACUGCACCUGGCUUGCAGAAUUAUUUACUUCAGAAAUGACCUUGGAAGCCCUCAACAAGUCCUAUGGCAAUCAAGCUGUUUCACUUGAAGACAUAGUUGUCACACAUGCAAACAAGAGCUAUGGGCAAGGAAUUGCAGAUUAGAAUUAGUUUUACAUAACAUCAAACUAUUUAAUAAAUGUAAACACUACUCAUCAUUAGGAUUUGUGAACUUACAAUGCCAGUAUUGAUAAAUUAUUGGGUACUUUUUUCCGACUGUACAAACACUCUUAAAUCUCUUUAAGAGUUAGCUAGUAAAGUUGAGGUUUCCAGCAGUGCAUUUCUGUUUUCAUUCCUACAUGAUUCUGUUUCAUGUGCUCCAAUUGAAUCCUGACUAAUUUGAUUAGGAUCUCUUUUGUAUGCAGCUUGAAGCUAUGCUGGCCCUUAAAUGAGAAGCUUGCUUUGAAUUGAUUCAGGCACUUCAUUCAGUGCCCUGUUAUAUUUAAGAGGUUCAAUAAAUCAGAUUGUAAUUAUAACUGAACCUUAGAUGGUUCACCUCUUGAGACCUUGUAUUUAAAAUAGGAACAAUCUAUACAUAACAUUCAUGUUUCUUUUCAGAAUAUAGUUCUAUUGUAUAAUUUUAUUCUUCUGAAUCAGUCUUUCAUUAAUGACUUUGUCUAAAAUUUGACUGACACGUUAUUUUGUAUUCCUAUUUAUAUAUUUUUUCUUUUCUUUUCUUAGAACAGCAGGGUUGGGGGGGAAUUCACUAUAACAUUUAUGUUAAACUCAGGUAAUUGGAAACAGACUAAUGUUUUAAUAUGACACAUAUUAAUGCAAUAAUGUCCUUCUGGGUAUGUGAUUCACCAGAGAUACAUCUUAAGUUGCAAACAAAGCUUUUGUUCCAAAGUAAAAAACUUGGGAGAUAAAUUGAGUUGAGGAUGGUGAAUGUUAAAAAUACUCGUCAUUUUUCAGCUACCGGAUUUUAGGGAUAACAAAGACAUGUGUAACAGCAGCAUCAGCAGCAGAGAUUAUUUCUCUUUCUUUCCUUGUCUGUUUAACAAAAAGAAAUUGGCUUGUUAGGAUUCUACCACAGAGUUACCUCUUUAUAACUAGGGUCCUUUUCUAGGUGCAGUUUGGAGAUCCCAGGAAAUGCAUGUGCCUUCAGUGGAAGGUUACUGAAAGGCUCCUGGCAAAAUUUAGCCCAGAACAACAGGACUAAUCAAGGCACUAUCCUGUCACUUUCAAAGUGGAUGUGGAUUUUCCUGGAAACUAGGUUUGCAAUUGUUCAUCUAUAGGGGCCUUCAGGAAUCAGUGAAGCUGGAGAUUUUACAUUUUGGGAGACCACAUUGCAUGUUAAAGCAAUUCCACACACACACAAAAAAAUCAUUGUUUUCCUUUUUCAUUCUGCAUAAAAAACAUAGUCACACUGAUGAGGAAGCAAUUCACAACCAAAAAAUGGUAGUUAACAGAAUUAUACCUGCCUUUUUAUGUACGAUUUCAUAUCAUUUAUUUUUUUUAAAAAGAUAUUUUUAGGGUUUUUUUUUCAUUGUAAUAUUGUUGUACAGUUUUGCAUGGCCUAGAUGUAAUCAGUUUUUUUGUUUUGGUUUAGAGUAUAAAAGCUGACAAGUGUGUGCGUGGGAGGGGGAAGUUUCUGCUUUGGCUCUUCUCACUCGUCUUUUUGAUUCAUGUCCUCAGUGUUGUAGAGGACAUUGUAAGAGAUUCUCUGCUCCAGAACAAUGAUGUAGAUUCUAUUGCACAGAAAUAUUUAAGGUGGAUCAGUCAAAGGUGUAAUAAGUGGCAGACCACCAAUAUUUUACAUUGGUAACACUUAAUAUUAAUCUACUUUGAUGUAUUGCAAUAAAACAGGGAAAUACUAGAAA